CCGAUGGCCCAGUCUGUUCUCUGUGUCCGCAACUGUGAAAUUUAGACAUCAACAACUCCACCUCCCUUUAACUUGCGGAAAUUGGCAUUUACAUGUAAAGCGAAGCUAAUUAAAAGAUGGCAGAUAGUGAUUCUGAUCGCUAUUCGUUUAGUCCUUAUCCCGAAACAAACAAUUAUGACAAUUCGACAACUUGUGAUGACAAUAAACACGCAUCUGGACCCCGUGUUGUAACCAUAUAUAAAACCGAGACUGGUUUCGGGUUUAACGUUCGCGGUCAAGUAAGUGAAGGAGGGCCUUUAAAAAGUAUCAAUGGAGAAUUAUAUGCUCCAUUACAGCAUGUAAGUGCGGUCCUAAAAGAGGGAGCUGCUGAAAAGGCCGGUAUACGCAAAGGAGACCGAAUAUUGGAAGUAAAUGGCAUCAAUGUAGAAGGAGCGACUCACAAACAAGUUGUAGAUUUAAUAAAAUCUGGUGGUGACAAACUGACAUUAACUAUAAUUUCUGUAACAGCACAGGAAGCUGAAAGAUUAGAACCUAGUGAUGAUUCUUCUGGUUACUCAUAUAUUGAUUAUAGUGAAAAGCGUUCUCUUCCUAUAUCUAUUCCAGAUUAUAAUUGGGUUGAGAAAGGAGAAAAAUAUGUGGUUUUCAAUAUUUACAUGGCUGGAAGACAUUUAUGUUCUAGAAGAUAUCGGGAAUUUUCUAAUCUACACAUGAAUCUAAAAAAAGAAUUUCCAGAUUUCAAUUUCCCAAAACUUCCUGGUAAAUGGCCAUUUACAUUGUCUGAUCAACAGUUAGAUGCUCGUAGAAGAGGGCUGGAACAGUAUUUAGAAAAAGUUUGUGCUGUGCGAGUCAUAGCUGAAAAUGAUAUCAUGCAAGAAUUUCUUACUGAUAUGGAUGAUGAAAAUGGUGGAAGUUCAGCAGCUGUUGAUCUUAAAAUUUUAUUACCUGAUCAUUCUACUGUUAUUGUUAAUGUCAGAAAAAAUAGCACAACAGAUGAAGUUUAUCAGGCCGUUAUAGAAAAAAUCGGCAUGUCCAAAGAAGUUUCAAAAUAUUUUGCCCUUUUUGAAAUAGUAGAAUAUGGUUUUGAAAGAAAAUUGCAGUCAAAUGAAUAUCCACACAAUCUUUAUAUACAAAACUACAGUACAGCUACAUCAACAUGUUUGUUAAUUCGAAAAUGGUUAUUUACACUUAGCAAAGAAAUAGAAUUGACAGAAGACAAUAUGGCUGCAACAUUCUUUUUCUGGCAGGCCAUUGACGAUGUAAAUAAAGGUCAAAUAAAGCCAGGAAAUAAAUUAUAUGAACUAAAAGCUUUGCAGGAUUCCUCUAGAAAAUUAGAAUACAUGAAAUUAGCCAGGCAGCUGGAUGGCUAUGGGGAAAUAUCCUUCCCUCAUUGUAGUUGUGAUGCUAGAAAAGAAGGUCAUGUUGUUACUACAGUAGGUUUGACAAAUUUGAAAUUACAAGCUUGUAAAGAUGAUGGGACAUUGGAGUCUCAAAUCAUUGAUUUUAACUGGGAUACUGUCAAGGAAUGGGAAGUAGAUGAUGAAGGGAUGUCCUUCAGUUUCAAAUAUGCACCUCCUGAUAAGAAACCUCGUUAUGUCAAAAUUUUUUCUCCUUAUUAUGUUUUCUUGUUUGACUGUUUUGAACGUAUUCAGGAAGAAAGGAAAUGGAACAGUAAUGGUGAAUAAAAAUUGAUUUUUACUUUUCAAAUCUGCUUGAAGUGUCAUCUUAGUUCAUCAGCAUGUGAGAUUUGGAAAAUGUGAAGCAAAUAUAUUGUUAUUCCAAAUGUUCUGAAUCAGAAUUGGAUACAUGUACAUUUCAUAAAAAUAACUGUAAAAUCUUGUACAUGAUCAUAUAAGAGUCCCCUUUAUAAUGAUUCUGCCUGUAUAUGCCCUUUUUACGAUUUCACUUUGACAGCUUUUGUAGUUUUAUCAGUGCAAACUGGUUACCACUUAUACAAUGUUAUUGUUAUAAUUCAUUUUACCACAACAUAUUUGAAAUAGUUUUAGACACUGAAACAAAACUAAUUUUUCCUGUUGUAUUUUACACUUUCUUAAUAAUAAUCUCAAAUUUUGCUUGUUUUUUUCAGUGGUAUAAAUCUGUCAUUGACACUUUUAUAUAUAAUUGUAAUUUUUUUCAUGACUCAUUAUAUUAAACAAUCGAAAUUUCUAUACAAUGAAAGUGAAGUAAAUGAAAUUUUCAAACCUCAAGUGUUUAUGGUCAUAAAUAAAGUUUACAAUAAUUUUUAACAUUUGUGGACAUAAUAAAGCUUACGAUUUAUAUUUGAAUAGUAAGCUUCUGUUAUUAGUUAUAUUAUUUUCCUUGCAUAUUAUGACUUCAUUUUGACAUGAUUUUUUUAUUUUUGUGUCAUUAAACAAUUUCCAAUACUCUUAACAUGUUAGAUGCUUUUAUAAAUGGUUGUUUGUUACUGCUUCCCUGUUGAUCUUUUUAAUCUUUUUUUAAAUCAUUUAUAAUUUUUCAGUGAUUUACUCAUGUUAAAUUGUAAUUGUAUCAUUUAAAUGUAUAUAAAUCAGAUGCUAUUAUUAAAAAAAAUAUUUUGGUUGUAAAUAAAUUGUACAGCAUAGAAAUGUGCAAAAUCUUGAAUAUAUGAUUGUGUGCUUGUUAUUUGUUUGUAUAUAUCUUAUCUAUAUAUAUAUAUCAUGAACUGUUUCAUAACAUUUAAAUUUUAUUUAUAGAUUAAUAUUCUAAAAUUAAUUUUCCUUAAAGAUGUAGUUUAGGUUGAAAAAUAUGUUUUUUCUUGUAUAAGUCUAGAGAAUCUAUGCAAUUUUAUGUAAUACAUGAUAGUGUCUUAUCCUGAAGAUUAUAUCGUAUAUAAAUCUAAAAAUGAAGAGUUGUGCAGGUAGCUUUAUAUUAUUAUAUUACUUUGAGCAUUUUGGUACUGUGUAAUUUUUUUUUUUCAUGUUAUUAAGCAAACUUUAUUGGAUGUAAUUUUUUCAAUACUCGUUUUUUGUAUUAACUUAAUAUUAAAUACCCUUAUUAACUAGAGCUUCAUUAAUUGUAAUUAACCAAGUGCAUUAUCUAACUAUGCAAAAUAAAAAUUUAUAAUAUAUAUUUAAAUUCAUGAAAAUGUGAUAUAGAAAGCCUCAAUAUGUUUAUCAUAAUAUGCAAAAUGAUAAACUUCAAGGAAAUGAAAUCAAAUCUAUGCAAUGUUUUUCUUGUAUUUCAUUGAAUGUUUUUUGAUAAAUGACCAUACUUUUGAAGUAAGGUCUUUAACUGGCCUUCAUUUUCUUAACUGCAAAUGAAGGAUGUCUGCAUGGUCGUAUCUGAUUUUAAAGCCAUAUUAUUGUUCAAUUUUUUUUCACUUCUUAUCUAUAAUGUAUAACUUUUUGCAGCAAUCCUAUUUUUAUAGCAUAGCAUUUACAAAUAAAAUGAAUGAUAUUCAUUAUAUAAUUCUAAUAAAACUUUUAGAAUCUUUAACUUUUUUAUUUUAAAGGUAUACCAUAUCAUGAAUUAGUCUUUUUUUCAUGUGUUAUCAUUCCCACCUGUUUACUGUUAAGGGAUUUGCUCAAAAGUGUUUCCUUAAAAUGAUGUUUAAACGAAAUAUUUGCUGUAAUUCUUCUGUGUAAUAAAAAGUUAAUGAACAGAUUUUUAAAAUAUGUUAUUACUUACUUAUGUAUGGCAAUAAAAAAAUUAAAUAUAUCUGAAAUUAAUACAGUUUUUCUACAGCUUGUAAAUGUUUUUGUAAUGUUAACACUUUUGUUGAAAUUAUCAAAUUUAUAUUAAAACUUUUUAUGAUGCUAUAUUUUUGUCUUCUGAUUCCUUAUUGUAAAUAUUAGGCAUAAACCAAAUGUGUUCUGAUAUAAUUAAUGUAUGAUAUACCUGUAGAUUUUAAUGAUGUAUAUAAGAUAUUGAUUUAUGUUUUGAAUCUGUGAAAAAGUAUGCUAAUUUUUGUGAAAUAAAGGUAGCAAUAUAUCUUAAAUAAUGUGCAUUAGCAAUAUACAUAUAUAUUAAAUACAUUCUAGAAAUAAAUUGAACAUAUUUAAAUUUUGUUAACCUUCACCAUUUUCAAUCCUGAAUAUAUGUUUGCGUAAAAGUAAUUUAUCUUGUAUAAGUUGACUGUUGGGAGGGAAUACAUUCUAUGAAUUUCUUUGUUUGUAAUCUGUAAUUAGUGUUAGCUUGUUUCCUAUUAUAUAAUGAUUUAUAAGGUUAGGAAUUUUAUUCUGUUUUAAAGACUUAUAUGGGGCAAUAUUGUAUUUAUAUUUUUUUGUCAUUAACACAUUGUGCCAAUUUUGUGUUUAGGAUUUAACAGAGUGCCUUUUUGUGUUGAAAUAUGACAAAUUUCAUCACCUAUUGUGUAGGGUUAUUAUUUUAAUUUUUUCCUGGAAUUAUUUUAUUUAUGAUGUGAAUGUAACUGUAUUUUAAUAAAGCCUGCUAUUUGCAAUUUUUAAUGGAAACUGAUUAACACUUCUUAAGACGAAAAUGUACUUAUGAACAAUUAUUUCUUAAAACAAUUAAUAAAUGAAAACAAAUUACUUCCGAAAUAUUUUUAUACCCCCUCUCCUCCCAAUUUCUUUAUAAAUAUAGAAGCUAUAUUUUUAUUGCUUAUUCUGAUACAUGCAGUAAAUAUCUUAUAUAAAACAAAUUAUUCCUCUAAGUACUUUAUUUUCAUUAAAUUUGAAGUUAAAUGUAAUUUUUACAAUUUUAUAUUUAUCCUAUUUUUAAGUAUAUUUUUAAUUUCUUUUCCAAGAAAUCUGUGAAUUCAAAGAGAGUCAAUGCUUUAUUUGAGGGCAAUAAUUUUUUCCCCUUUGAGGAAUGCAUUUAAAAAAAAAAUUCUUUAACGGUAUUAAACUACUUAUAAAGAAAAAAUAAUACAUAAUAUCUCUUGGCUUAUCAAAUUCACAAGAUUUAAUACCACCAUUACCUGGGGAAAGUAUGGUAUUUAAUAGCUUCGUGUUUAUUAUUUUGAAUGUAAAUAAUUUAUAUAUAACUGAAUAUUCUUGGUAUGUCAUUCAAGCUCUUAUUGUUGAAUUUCUACAUAUUAUUAGAAAACAUAAUCCAUUAAAUGGGUGACAGAACGUUUUAAUAUAAGCAAAUAAUAAUCAAUUUGAUUAAUACCUAUUAAGCAUAUUUUCUUUAAAACAGUUAUAAAGAAAUAUUCUUUAUUUCAAUAAUGUAAAUUUUUUUAGAAAAUUGGGAGGAAAUUAAUAACUUUUUUUAAGGAUUGAUUUAAAUUUCAAUAUUGCUUAAUUUAAAAGAUCUACUAUUAUGGACAGAUUAGUAAUUUGUAUUCUCAAUAUAAAUGUCUGAAACUAUUUUUUUAAAAUCGAAUCGUUUAUUUUUUAUUAAUUUUAAUCAUUACUGCAUGUUUAUAUGUGGUCUUAUAAUUUAUAUCCUAAGUUUUAUGUUUAUAAAAAUUUAUGAAUAAUAUUAUGAGAAACUUAUAUAUAAGGGCUUUAAAAUGCUUCUGUUUCCAUUAUUAUAUCAUAUUUUCUAAAAGUAUAGAAAUGCCUAAAAUUUUAAUAUUUUAUUUGGAAAAUAAUUCUAUCUAAAUUAUCAAUAUUUUAAGAAAUCUCGUGAUGAACUUUGUCGUGAAAUCAUUUUCUGUGCCUCUUUUUUAUAAAAUGCUGUUACUUUUUAAACAUUGUGAGAGAAAUAACUAAAUAUUAUUGAACCUAGUACAAAUCUAAUAACCCUUUAAAUAGUCUACUAAUAUGCAUUCGUAUAAUGCAUAUUUUUCAACAUUUAUAUAGCUAUUUUAAUACCACUAAUUUGUAGAUGUAUAUUUCAUUAUUCAGGUCUAUUAAAAAAACUUUAAAUAGGAAAUUAAAAAAAAACACUAAAUAAGAUAUUUCAUCUAAGUAAUGGCAUAAUAUUCUUCAAAAUUAACAUAGCUGUAAACAAAUUAAGAUAAUUAUUUGGAUGAAUAAUUAAAGGGCAAAGCUUUGAUUAUCACAUAGGGUUAAGCAUUGCCAUUUCCUAUUUAAUCAAUGCGAAAAUUUCUUUUAAUGUUUUAUAGAAUUAUGAUAAUUUCUGUACUGUUAAAUUAUACAUAUAAUUUAGUUUAUGUUGAUAUUAAAAAGAAAUUUUUAUUGUCUUUGAAUUAAAAAGCUACAUACAAGUUAAUUAUUUUGUGAAGCAUUAUUAAAUUCAUGGGAAAUAUGCAAGCCAAUACUUAAAUGUUUUUGUAAAGUAACAAGAGUUAAAAUUUCCUCUCUAUAAAAUGCAAUUUGGAUUUAUGGUAAAUUAACGAUUAGCAUGAGGUUCUAAGACAAUACUCAUCAGCGAUCAAUUAUAAGACUAUUUGUAUAUUCAUGUUUAUCAUUUAUAUGUAGUUAUUGUUAAUAUUGUACAACCUUUUGAAAAUAAAAAUAUAUCACGGGAAAUU